CUUCGGUUUGUGUAUCGGCUGCUGACUUAACAGCUGCACCAAUUGUGUUUUGGUUUUGUUUUGCCUCCCAUGUGCAGUCAUCACGAGCUCUGGAGGCGAUUCUCUGCCUUGAUGGUGCAGAUCACUGUACAACAGCUGGAUGUUUAGAUGCAGCUCCUCUCGUGCUCCAGGUGUUUUUACACCGCGUAUUUAUGUUCUCAGUGACAUAUCCGUGUAAAUGAAAAUGAUAGAAGUGGGUUUGAGUGGCUGCAGCUAGCUGUAAAAGUCUCUGGACUUCAUGUUGUGAUCAUACAAUAUGAACGUGCCUCUCACCAAGCUGCAACAAUGACCUGAUUCAUUUGAAGAAUACUGUUACAAAAAACUGUUUUUAAUUAUACUUUAACUCUAAUUAUCCCUAAGAAAUCAGUGUUUGUGGCAGCUGUAGUCAAAGCAGGUUCAUCAUUUAUCUGAUACAGUAUAGUAAAGAGCUGCAAUGUCCUUAGCAUUAAGCUCAUUUACAACUUGAACUUGCAUUAAUGGGGCAGCAGCUGCCAGUAUCAGAAUUGGCCCGCCAGUCAGUUCUGCUGUAAAUCAGGUCUGACCCAUGACUGAGUACUACGAGGAGGGGGGGCUGCUGUACGAGCAAUCACCUCCCAUGCACAUCAAAGUGGAGUCUCCGGAGGGACCCUUUGGAGGGGGAGCCUCAGAAAACGGCUUCCCCAGGGAGGAUGAGGACUCGGAAGGCAGCUGUGACCAGAGCAGCGGACUGCCAGGGGGUCUCCCCUUCAACGUGGUAGUGGUGCAUCCGAACAUCAUGGCACCUGGCAUGUCCUCAGACGACCUCUUGUCCAUUGAACAAAACAGAGCUAUGUCAGCUGCACUGGCUGCUGGCGGUGCAGGAAAAAGAAAGAGUCGCUUCAGUGGAGCAGAGCUGGAGGUGUUGGUGUCAGAAGUCACUCGGUGUGAAGGAGAGCUCUUUGGUCCUGCGGGGAGGCUCCGGCGGCGGGAGAGAGAGCGCAUCUGGGCAGGAAUCCUAGAGAGGGUCAAUGCCGUGUCCAGAGUCCCGCGCACCCUCAGAGAGGUGAAGAAACGCUGGGACGACCUGAAGAGACGCAACGGAGGCAGGCUAGCGGACGCUCGCCACCGCAGCUGUUACCUGCCAUCCAGCAGGGGAGCCUCGAUGCUUGGCCGUCCGUCCCAGACAAGCCCCAGGCUUCAACAAGCCAGGCAAAAGCAAAGCACCAGACCAAAGCCCAGUUUCCCAUGCUUCCCUGACUCUGAUACAGGCGUAGGAGUGGAAGGGUCAGAGAGAGAUGGUUUGGAGAAAGAUGAGGACAAUCCUGAGCGUGAUAGAGAAGUGGGAGAAUCUGAAUGUGAACCUGUCGACAACAGCAUGGAAGACAAAUUGGGUUUAGGACUGGGUCUGGGCAUAGGACCACCUCCUCCAUCAGAACGAUGGCUGCCUCCUUCCCCCCUGUACAGUGCGCCUUUCCUCAAUGGCAGCCCUCAGCCCAGUAGUCCUCAGCCUUCGCUUGGAGCACAGCAGGGUCCUCUUGAAGCCCCUCUGCGCAGCUCCUGGCUGGAAGAUGAGCUACGUGGGUUAGGCGAAGCAGCAAUUCAACUGGGAAAUCGGGUAGAAAAGAGCCUGCGGGAGUUUGGGGAAGGUUUCAGGCAGGACAUGAGAACACUUGUCACCUCACAAGAGGCACUAGCAGUCAGUCUACAACAAAACAAUGUCCUCUUGCAAAGGCUGUUAGGAGUGCUUGAAGCCCAGCAACAACCGCAGCCGCAGCAACAUCGCGCACAACAAGCACACCAGUCACAAACAUCUCAACAGCAUUUACAGCCACAGCCAGCUCAGCAGCAGCAGCUACAAAAUACAGAACAACUGCAGCAGCAACAGCGGAUUGAAGCACCACUGCAAACACACCUACAGCAUCAGCAGCCACAUGUUGUACAACCACAGUCACAACAACAUCAAACACAAAUACAGCAGCAGCCACAAGUCACCCAGCAUUCGAAUAAUCAGUCAGCAGUGGCGGUGGCUCCUGCACCAUCGUCACCUGAUGUACAUGGCACUUUUCCCUCUGACCCACCCACAAACACAAAUGACAGUGUGCAGAGGCCGCGGCGAGGAAGAGCUGUUGAUCACAGGCGCAGAAGACGACGCUGAGGAAGAAAGCACUAAAAAUCAAAGUGCACAUCAUGCAUAUUUGGUGUUUCAAAAUGUGACGAGAAAUUGUACUCCUUUUCUAUUGACAGUAUUUCUGUAAAAAUAAUGUUAUUUGGAGUUUUAAAUCAGAAAAUUGUCUUGCACUUAAGUUUGUCUUCAGAGAGGACUGAAGCAGAUAAGAAAUUAGACACAUGAGAUAAUCGGGUGGCCUUAACAUUAGCUUGGUUCAUGCGCUAAAAGACUUUCCUGAAAAACUGUUGCUCUAUGGAGGACAGCUCCACUUACAUGAGACUUUCAAUACCCGGACAACAACAUACUGUAGGUGCUGAUGUUUAAUAAUGCAUGUCACUGUACAUGCUUUGCAGCCGAGCUGCAAAGCUCUUGAUGCUCUUACUAGUUCAGUACUGUCUAAAUUCUCCUGAUACACUAACCACAUUGUCACAAAGUACUUGUAAUCUGCAGUUGUUACCAUAUAUUGUAGUUAUACAGCUAUUGUAAUUACCUGCUAAUGUAUGCUUGUGCUUUUUAACAGUUUCAUGGAAAAGUAUGACUUUUCCAGCUUUGGUCAGACAAUAAAGUUAGACUGUGUUCUGUUCA